AUGUCAGACAAGCUUAUGGACACUGUGCCCGGCGGCGAGAACCAAAACCAAUACGAAGAUGUGCAUACCUUCAUCGAGCCUCAUGCCAAGCAAGCUGGUCAAUUAGGUGACCCCUCGGAAGGCACCUCCAUGCACAAGAAGACCUCCGACCCCGGCGCGCCCAACACCCAAGGCAUCACACCGGCAGAUAAGAUCCGGUACGGACAAAGUAUCCAAGAAGGUGGGGCGGGCGGCAAGACAACAAGUUCAACGGGUGAGGCGAACACUGAAAGUGGAUUCGGUGGUACAGAAGCGUUGAACGAAGACGAUGAGAGCGCGGCCAAGCAGAGGAGAGAACAGGGAUACGGUGGAAACAAAGAUAUGGAUCGUAACAUUGGCGCAUAG